AUGUACUUGGCAGAUGGCCUAGUGCCAUACACAGAAGUAUUUAGUGUGUUGGAUUGGUGGAAAGUAGCUGGAACAAGAUAUCCAACAUUAAGGAAGGUUGCCAGAGAUAUUUUUGCCAUUCCCGUGACAACAGUUGCUUCAGAGUCGGCCUUUAGUACAAGUGGCAGAAUACUUAGUGAACAUAGGAGCCGCCUAACUCCUGAUAUGGUGGAAGUUUUGAUGUGCUCCCAAGAUUGGCUUAGAAACAAAUGCAAAGGUGAGCAAAUAAUGUAA